AUGCGUCGCUUCUCAUCUCGGGUGCUUCAAGCCCGUCCACCGCUUCUCUCCGCCAGAGCUCCCCUCCUCCCCCUCUUCCGUUCCCUUCGCGCUCCUACCAAAACCAUCCGUCCUCCCUCGCCCUUUUCCUACUCCCCCACACGCUUUUGUUCCUACCGAAUGUGUCGCUCUCGCCGUGACGGACCCUCCGGUUCGACCAACACCCCGAGCCGUGAGGUCUUGCCCACCAAUGUCAAGCCGGUGCACUAUGACCUCACUCUCGAGCCGAACUUUGACAACUUCACCUACGAUGGAACCGUCGUGAUUGACUUGCAGGUGGCCGAGGAUACCAAUUUCGUUUCCCUUAACUCCCACGAGAUCGACAUCCACAGCGCGGUGGUCUCUGCCAAGGGCUCGGUGAUAGAGUCCAAGCCGGAGAUUUCUUUGAACAAAGAUGAGCAGACGGCAACCAUCAAGUUCAGCCAGGCCCUUGCCGCGGGGUCCGAUGCCCAGCUGAAACUCACCUUCACCGGUACACUCAAUGACCAGAUGGCCGGCUUCUACCGCUCCUCGUACCAGCAGAAUGGCGAAACCAAAUACAUUGCCUCGUCGCAGAUGGAGCCCACGGAUGCCCGCAGAGCUUUCCCCUGCUUCGACGAGCCCGCGCUGAAGGCCAAGUUCACCGUGACCCUGGUUGCCGAUAAGAGCAUGACCUGUCUGGGCAACAUGGACGUUGCCUCCGAGACCGAUGUUCAGGGCGGUGCGAAGAAGGCAGUUAAGUUCAACACCUCGCCUCUCAUGUCUACCUAUCUCGUUGCGUUCAUUGUUGGUCACCUCAAUCACAUCGAAACCACCAACUUCCGCGUGCCCAUCCGCGUCUACGCUACACCUGACCAGGAUAUCGAGCAUGGCCGCUUCUCGCUGGAGCUUGCGGCCAAGACUCUGGCUUUCUACGAGAAGGCCUUUGACAGCGAGUUCCCGCUGCCGAAGAUGGACAUGGUGGCCGUUCCCGAUUUUAGUGCCGGUGCCAUGGAGAACUGGGGUCUGAUCACUUACCGGAUCGUGGAUGUGCUGCUGGAUGAAAAGACCAGCGGUGCUUCGCGUAAGGAGCGCAUCGCCGAGACGGUUCAGCACGAGCUGGCCCACCAGUGGUUCGGUAAUCUGGUCACCAUGGACUUCUGGGACGGUCUGUGGCUCAACGAGGGUUUCGCGACGUGGAUGUCGUGGUACUCGUGCAACGCCUUCUACCCGGAGUGGAAGGUCUGGCAGACCUAUGUCAUCGACAGCUUGCAGGGUGCUCUCUCGCUCGACUCGCUGCGUAGCAGUCACCCGAUUGAGGUCCCUGUCCAGCGGGCUGAUGACAUCAACCAGAUUUUCGAUGCCAUCUCCUACUCCAAGGGCUCAUCGGUGCUGCGCAUGAUCUCCAAGUAUCUGGGCGAGGAUGUGUUCCUGCAGGGUAUUCGCAACUACCUCCGGAAGCACGCCUACGGGAAUACCCAGACUGGUGAUCUGUGGGCUGCGCUGGCCGACGUCAGCGGCAAGCCCGUCCAGACGGUCAUGGACAUCUGGACAAAGAAUGUCGGUUUCCCUGUCAUCAGUGUGACAGAGAACGCUGCUUCGUCUUCUAUUCAACUGAAGCAGAACCGCUUCCUUCGUACGGGCGACGUGCGUCCGGAGGAGGAUACCACUCUUUAUCCCGUCAUCUUGGGCCUGCGCACCAAGGAAGGCGUAAAUGAGGGUGUCAUGCUGACCGAGCGCGAGAAGGAAUUCCAGGUUCCUGAUCUGGAUUUCUACAAGCUCAACGCGGACCACUCGAGCAUCUACCGUACCUCGUACACACCUGAGCGCCUUAAGAAGUUGGGCGAAGCCGCCAAGGAGGGCCAUCUGACCGUGGAAGACCGCGCAGGCAUGAUCGCUGAUUCGGGUGCUCUGGCUGCCUCGGGCUAUCAGCGCACGUCAGGACUGCUCUCUUUGGUGCAGGGCCUUGACGCUGAGUCUGAGUUUGUUGUUUGGAAUGAGAUGCUGACUCGCAUUGGCACCUUGCGUGCCGCCUGGAUGUUCGAAGACGGCCAGACCAAGGAUGCACUCAAGGCCUUCCACCGCUCGCUCGUGUCCGCAAAGGCGCAUGAGCUGGGCUGGGAGUUCUCUGAGAAUGAUGGCCACGUUUUGCAGCAGUUCAAGGCUCUCAUGUUUGGCUCUGCGGGUUCGGCCGGAGACCCGGUGAUCGUCAAGGCGGCCCAGGACAUGUUCGAGCGUUUUGCGGCUGGAGACAUUGCCGCCAUCCACCCAAACAUCCGCGGCAGUGUCUUCAACAUCGUUCUCAAGAAUGGCGGCGCCAAGGAGUACGACAUUGUGCUCGGCCGUUUCCGCAGCGCCCCUACCUCGGACGAGAAGACUACCGCGCUGCGCUGCCUCGGUGUCGCCGAGGACCCAGCCCUCAUCCAGCGCACCCUAAACCUCGCCUUGAGCGACGAGGUCAAGAACCAGGAUAUCUACAUGCCCCUCGGUGGCCUCGGCCGCCACCCGGAGGGUAUCAAGGCUCGCUGGGCUUGGAUGCAGAGCAACUGGGAUACGCUUGACAAGAGCCUGUCGGCCGCUUUGAGUAUUCUCAGCGCUGUUGUGCAGCUCACUACGGCCAGCUUCUCUUCGGACGCACAGUUGAAGGAGGUCCAGGACUUCUUCGCUACCAAGGACACCAAGGGCUUCGACCGUGCUCUUUCACAAAGCCAAGAUGCCAUUCGCGCCAAGAUCAACUGGCUCCAGCGUGACCGCGCCGAUGUCGAGACGUGGUUGAGCAACAACCGCUACCUCCAGAGCAAGCUGUAA